AUGUGUCCGGCAACGGAGAAGUUAGAUUUGAGUACAACACAAUCAGAUAUUUUAGUGUUGCAGGAGAAAGGAUUCAUAUUAGAAAAGAUAAUUGGAGAGGGUUCUUACGCUAAAGUAUUUAAAGCAACGCACCUGGUAGACGAAACCCGUCACAGCAUUAUGGCCUGUAAAGUAAUAGAUACGGCACAAGCUCCUCGGGACUACUUAACGAAAUUCUUACCACGAGAGUUAGACAUUUUGAUUCGUGUCAACCAUCCGCACAUUGUCCACGUAUCCAAUAUUUUUCAACGCCGUGCCAAAUACUUUAUAUUUCUCCGCUUUGCCGAAAAUGGUGACUUACUGGAUUUCUUGUCACAAAACGGUGCCGUGCCAGAAAAUCAAAGUAGACUUUGGAUGCGUCAGAUUUUAUCUGGAAUCAACUACAUACAUACUUUGAACGUAGCCCACAGAGACUUGAAAUGUGAAAACAUACUUAUAACAGCAAAUUACAAUGUUAAAAUAACGGAUUUUGGGUUUGCUCGAAAUGUCAGACAGAGAGAUCGCGAUUUGUUGAGUGAAACGUACUGCGGUUCGUUAUCGUACGCAGCCCCUGAAGUCUUGAAAGGCGUUCCGUAUUUACCAAAACUUUCUGAUAUGUGGUCUGUCGGUGUCAUUUUGUACACAAUGCUCAACAAAGCUUUACCUUUUAAUGAGACAUCUGUAAAGAAACUAUACGAAAAACAGGUAAUGCGCAAGUGGCGCUUUCGUACAAGUGUUGUAAACAAUCUCUCGACAGAGUGUAAGUUACAAGUGACGCAGUUGAUGGAACCAGAGCCGAAGGCGCGCCCGACUGCCGCUGCCACUUUUAAUGGAACCUGGAUUGCUAUGGACCCGAGACUUAUGAAAUUAACGUUUUUAGAAGAGUCGCUUUUGAAACAAGCUCAAGAAGAAUCUUUGAGAAAAGAAAGAGAACAUUUCGAAGAAGAGACUGAAGUUGAGAGGCUCGCUGAACUAAGACGUAAGGGCAGAGGAAAAGAGGGUUUAAAAAUAUUAAAAACGGCAGAUUCGAAUUUUGCUAAAUCACAACCGCUAUUCAACGAUAAGGAAUGAAAAACAAUUAUAUUAAUUCAUUCAGUGUUUAUUAACUCUUACAUUUUUAUAUUUAUUUAAGUUAUUGUAAAAAU